AUGACGUCAUCUCAUUUUCAGACAAGCUCACUCGCAGAGACGGCAGUUAUUCGAUUCCGGCCUGUCGGACAGAUCUUCUAUGUGGGACGACCGCACGAAAAACGCGCUUUUGAUUCAUUGGCUGGUGGCGGAUUCGGCGGAUUCAAUAAACGCGCGUUCGACAGUUUAUCGGGAUCCGGAUUUGGGGCCUUCAACAAGCGCGCCUUCGACAGCUUGAGCGGCGGCAAUUUCGGCGGCUUCAAUAAGCGAGCGUUUGACUCAUUGAGCGGCUCCGGUUUCGGCGCCUUCAACAAACGAGCGUUCGACUCACUAUCAGGCAACGGAUUCACCGGAUUUGAGAAGCGAGCGUUCGAUUCCCUGGACAACAACGGCUUCAGCGGCUUCGACAAACGCGCGUUCGACACGGUCAGCGCGAGCGGCUUCGACGAUUUCAAAGCAUAG